CAGACGGACCGACUGCCUUCAGACAUGCAUCCCGCUCUGCUGCCGUUGGCGGCGUUGGCGUCUCUGCUCGCCGCGGCGGGCGCCCAGUCCCACGACCACCACGACAUGUCCUGGGUCAACGGCUACCGCCAGGGCUUCAACUUCCAGUGUCCCCACGGAGAGGUCAUCGUGGCCACCAGGAGCUACUUCAGCGAGGCGGACGGCUCGGACCGCCUGUGGUCGUUUGAGUGCCAGCCCACGCCGGAGGGCCUCGGGGAGCCCACCGACUGCUGGUGGGACGACAUCAGCCGCGCCGGGAUGGAGUGGUCUUCGACGUGCACUCGUAACGGCCUGGUGGCGGGCGUCCAAAGCAAGUACUUUGAGUCAGUUCUGGACCGGGAAUGGCAGUUCUACUGCUGCUAUUACCAACGCAGAUGCCCCUACUCCUGCAUCAAGACGAGCGACAUCCCUGAGAACUACCGAGAGGAGGCGGAGCUCGUGGUUCCCUCGUACGGGUUCUUCAUCCGAGGAGCUCAGACCACCUUCAGCGGCGUCUUAAGAGACCGGCAGUGGAAGUACAUCCUGUGCAGGAUGACGGACUUCGAUUGUGAAUUUGAAAACCUGUAGUCUUCGGCCAUCAGCUUCACUUCCAACCCGUGAACGGUUUGAACCAAUAUUUACUCUCACGUUAAAACAAAGACACGACACAUGAUCCACGGCUUGAUAUCACCGGUUUUAGUUUAGCAUGAAGCUUUAACUGCUCACAUGAGAGCGAGUGUAACAGAGCGCCUCAUGGGAGCGUUCUGACACACAUGUUUUCCUGGCACCUCGCGCUUCGAAAUGAAAUAAAGAUUUUUCCCACCUGGUUUUGACUCCUUACCUAC